UUUUGACCCGUUUUCAAUGGCCCAAAAAUUCGUAUCAUCUGACUCUGAAAAAAUGAGAGGCCGGAGCAUAUCACUCUUGGUGGAGAAAUCGCCAAACCUUCUUUGCUCCCCUUUUGCGCUCCAUUCUCGUUUCUUGAAAUUCCUUCUCGUCUCUCGUAUUUUUUUGUCUUUUUCUUCUUUUUACUCUUUCAUUCCUUCAGAAGACAAGCAAGAUGACGUCGAAUGAUCCGACCGCAUACACUGUUUUCACUUUACCUACUCACGUAGAUGCCCCUUUGAGCCCCUUUUGGAUCGUGCUUCGAGAGAAUCCAUACUUUUAUCUUCAACAGACCAAACGACAAAAGAACGCCAUCGUACGCAAUGUGCUGGGCACACUGCAAAACGUUUUGGAUACAAAGCAAUCACCCUUUCGCAUAAUAUAUCGACGACCCAACGGUACUUGUCUGCAGAUAGCAGCAGCGGAAAACGAAAAACAAGCAGAGAUUACAUGGCAGUGGAUCCAAGAGCAUCUGGUGCCUGCUUUGGACAUUUUAGAGAAUUCGGAAAAAGAAGCGUUUGUGGUGACCAAGGUCAACUCUAUUGUCACUCGUCGAGAUGCAGGAACCGACGAGAUUUCGAUGGAUGAGAAAGUAAGAAACGCAUCCAGGAGUUUCCGACAGACGUUUAAUGUUCCGGUCACUGAACGUCUCGUCAAUUGUAAGUCUGUGCGUUCUCCUAGAUGGGUGGAUGAACUCUCUCGAUUUUUCUCCGUUACUGGGCUUCCCUAUUGACUAUGAAUAUUACAGAUUAUUCCGCGGCCUACCAUACCAACCGUCUCAC